AUGGCCGAGGAGUCUGGCAAAGCCGUGAAGUACUACACCCUGGAAGAGAUCCAGAAGCAGAACCACAGCAAGAGCACCUGGCUGAUCCUGCAUUACAAGGUAUACGAUUUGAGCAAAUUUUUGGAGGAGCGCCCUGCUGGGGAAGAAGUCUUAAGGGAACAAGCUGGAGGUGAUGCUACUGAAAACUUUGAGGAUGUCGGACAUUCUGCGGAUGCUUGAUAAUUGUCCAAAACGUUUAUCACUGGGGAGCUGCAUCUGGAUGACAGGUCAAAGAUAACCAAGCUGGGCUUCCCUGGUGGCCUGGUGGACCAAUUGGGUGUUCCCAGCUAUCUCAACACGGGUUGUAGCCCUGAUGUAGCACUUCUACACAUCGGAACACUAAACACGUUCUCAGAAGCCAGUGGAAGAAAAGACUGCUUUGGUCCGGGGAGAAAGAAGCCACUGUUUACUGCUUCAACGGACAGAACGCUUCACCUGAAAAUGAUUUGA